GAUCUCGCGGUCAACGUUUCUUUGUUCUCUAAAAUCAAACCCAGAGCGCCAUUUCCAGAUCCAUGUUCUUCUAAACCUCAAACAUGGGUUCCUCGGAGGAAGAGGGACUCACUGAAGGACCUCUCUCCACUACGUUUUCAAAACAGACCAACCUUCAUUCAGCUGAAAUCUGCAAGAAAAGCAAUAUUUUUUUCUCGGUCUUCCUCGGGCCAAUUCAAUGGAUACAGACCCUUUCUUCUCAGCUGAAUCCAACUUUCGUCAUUGGGAUAGUUACAGUUUACGGCGUCAAUCAUGGCUUCGCCGGGUCUUUCUUCAAAGUGGUAACGGAUUACUAUUGGAAAGAUGUUCAAAAAGUCCAGCCCUCUGUGGUUCAAUUAUACAUUGGUUUAUACCAUAUUCCAUGGGUUAUGAAACCUGUCUGGGGUUUACUCACCGAUGUUUUUCCGAUAAGAGGAUAUAGACGAAGACCGUAUUUUGUGGUCGCUGGUAUUCUUGGGUGUGCAUCGGCAUUGAUGGUUGCUCUUAUUGGUAACUUGCCUGCUUCUUUGGCACUGAUUUUCUUGACUGGGGCUGCAGCAGGUAUGGCUAUAGCAGAUGUCACGAUUGAUGCUUGUAUUGCAAGGAAAAGUAUCGAAGUCCGAUCGUUGGCUCCGGAUAUGCAGAGCCUUUGUGGAUUUUGCUCCUCUGCCGGGGCUUUAAUUGGUUACUCCACUAGUGGAUAUUUUGUUCACCAUCUCGGACCUCAGGGAGCAUUAAUUCUUUUGGCAAUCCCCCCAGUUUUUAUCACAGUGUUGGGAUUUGUGAUUUAUGAAAUGAAAUCUUCCAGCCUUCAUUCUGAGAAGCAGAAGAAAAUGGAAAAAUUAGGGGUGGCCGUAAGGGGGAUGUAUCAGACAAUCAAGUUCCCCCAGGUGUGGAAACCAUCGCUCUACAUGUACGUCUCUUUGGCUCUCAGUAUCAGUACUCAUGAAGGGCUGUUUUAUUGGUACACUGAUCCUAAAGCUGGUCCUGCAUUUUCUCAGGAAUUUGUUGGGAUCAUAUAUGCAAUUGGUGCAAUGGCUUCAAUGGUUGGGGUCCUGAUAUAUCACAAGACACUCAAAGACGUUCAAUUCAGAAACCUACUCUUUUUCGCUCAGCUCUUAUAUGGCACAUCCGGAAUGCUCGAUCUGCUCUUCAUUCUUCGAUGGAACUUAGUGCUUGGAAUUCCAGAUUACUUCUUCGUUAUCACAGAAGAAUGUUUGUCGCGAAUUAUAAGCAGAAUAAGGUGGAUUCCCAUGAUGGUGUUAAGCACAAGGCUUUGCCCUAUAGGCAUUGAAGGCACAUUUUUUGCAUUGUUAAUGUGCAUUGACACCCUUGGUUCCUUGACCGCCAAAUGGGGUGGAGGAAUGACUCUUCAAGUUUUUCAUGUCACUAGGACAGAUUUUACAAACCUAUGGUUGGUUGUUCUCAUCAGAAACAUCCUGCGAUUUGCAACUCUGGGUUUGAUUUUUCUUGUCCCAAGGCUUGAACAAUCAGAUGCUUUGAUUCCUCCAGAUAUUUUGACAAAGAAUUCAACUGUCAAAUCAGAUGAUGAGGGCUUGGAACUUGUCCCAAAGAAUGAGAGAUGAAGUCUAGCUCUUCCAACCAAUCGGCAAUGGAGACUGAUCAUUAGGGGCACUCAUGGAUGUCAUUUUGUAUAGUAAAACUGGAG